AUGAAGAAAAAGUUAGAUUUAUUGCAAAAAGAAGAAACCAAAAUUUCAUAAUCAUAGUCUCCGUCUUUAAAACCAGGAAAGUUAGAACCUGUAACAGCAGGAUAAUCUUCCUAAAAAGAAUAAAAAAUUACUAAACCAAAAGUCCCUACUAUAUAGAAACUAACUAAUGAAGCUUAAAGUUUGACAAAUAAAGUUUCAAAUGCAGAUAAAAAAGCUAUUGUUAGCAAAGCAAAUCCUUUAUCUUAAAAAACUUCAGCUGCUAAAACUAGUAAUAAAAUUGCGAGUUCAUAAAAAUCUACUACCAAAUUUAAUGAUAAAAAAGAUGGCAAAAAAAAGCCACUAGUUGGAAAGGUAAAAGGGUAAAACGUUUUUGCGAUGAUUAAUAAGAAUAUCAUCUAAUCUAUUAUAGCCUUUUUGAGUCCUUAAGAAACAUGCAAAUUAGCAAUAACUAGCAAAUCUAUGUACGAAUUAACAAAUUAUAGCAGAAAAAGAUUCUGA